AAUCAUAAUUGAAAUGAGUUUCCCGGUAUCAUUUCAGUUAUCAGUCUUAAUGGCUUGUAUGUUUUCUAUCGGUUUCACACAAAAUAUUUACGCUGACUUGAAUAGUUGAAAUGUAUUGUACAUAACAUAUGCACUGCAGUGAACUGACAUAUGAAUAACUAGUACUAUACUUACAAAUCAUGUUGUGCAUUUGUACAGGAAUGGAGCGUUUUUUGCGGUCAUCUGGGAAAAGUCCUGGCAAGACGAAAGUUGUCAAAAAGAAAAGACACCGAGAGGCGUGGUCCAGAAAAGAGACAAGAGCUCUCAUCCAGUUUUGUUCCCUGCCCUGUGAAGGGUGUUGGGACCCGACUGUGUCAGAGGGGUGGCCAGGGACAAAGUCCUCACAGUUCUGGUCGAAAGCUGUGAAAUAUGUGAGGCAGCACGGGGAAAGUACUACUCUGCGUACAGAAACAGCUGUCCGGUCACAUGUCAACAAGUACUUGAAUGCCCGGUACCCAGAAUGUGAUGGGGGCAGAUUGGCAGCAGAGAAGGCCUUUUGUGAUCCUGUACCAGGGUGCAGUACUACACCUGAUCCAGUCAGUCCGGAUUCUUUCAAUCUUGACCUGCCAAGGACUCCUGCUUCACCAUGUAGCCACUCUUCUCUGCUGGGAAAUCCACUUUCAUCAACACCCAUGGAUUUCAGCACUGUUAGCCAUUCCACUCUGCUGGAAAGCCCCAUUCCAACACCCAUGGAUUUCAGCACAUGCACAGUUAGCCACUCCACUCUGCUGGGAAGCCCCCUUUCAUCAACACCCAUGAACUCAACUACAAUUCCAGGAAGACGGAACGUUGCGACACAGACGGGUGAGGAUGAAGAAGAGAAGGUAAUGUCAUCCACUCCAAUCAAGGGAAAGAAUCCCAUGGACAUGUCGUUCACACCUUCAUCCACGUACUCAACACCAGGAAAGAAAGAUGUGUCAUGGUACCCUGACUCUGACCAUCAAUCAUCCUCAGAUGAUGAGGCAGAAGACCUAUGUCAGAUUGCAGAGGAAGAAUGUUCCCUGGAUGGAAAACGGUUCAUUGUGUUUGGGGAGAAACUGAAAGAACUUUUCGAGAACUGUCGUAAUCCUGAGUGUGGUAGACCUACCCUCAUCAAGUCAACAACAAAGGGUUCUGCCCUUUCCAUAACCCAAACGUGCCCAAAAUGCCCUCCGCGUACAUGGCGUUCUCAACCGUAUGAUAAAAGAAUGGCGCGUGGCAACCUGCUCAUACCGUCAGCCAUCCUGUUCACUGGAGGAUCCAUAUCGAAAUUCAUUGACUUUGCAGAUGCGCUGCAACUACAGGUUUUCAGCCAGAAACACUUCUUCAACAUACAGAGCCACUAUGCAAUGCCGGUAGUAGAUGAGUACUACCUCUACCAACAGGACUUGGCGCUGGACUUGUGUAGGGGUGGACCGGUAGAUGUCAUUGGGGACGGCAGAUGUGACAGUCCUGGUCACUGUGCCAAGUACUUGUCAUACACACUCAUGGAGGAAACGACUGGCCUGAUCCUGGAGCUGGUGCAAGUCACGGAAACUGGGACAUCACAGUCCAUGGAAAAGGAGGGCCUGGACAGGUGCCUCACCUUCCUGACAGACCCUGAAGGACAGGACAUAGAUGUUCAGUGUGUCACAACUGACAGGCACAGAGGAGUGGGCGCCCUGAUGAAGAAGGAGUACAGAGACAUCGACCACCAGUUCGACGUGUUUCAUGUGUACAAAAAUGUGAAGAAGAAGUUGUGUGGGAAGGCUAAACUCAAAGACUGUGCUGAGCUGACAGAGUGGACCAAGUCCAUUUGCAAUCAUCUGUGGUGGUGUGCAAAAACAUGCGGAGGGAACGCAGAGUGUCUGAGGGAGAAGUGGACCUCCAUAAUGAACCACACAACCAACGUCCACAGCUGGUCUGGAAACCAGUUCUUCCACGCUUGUAAGCACAAACAGGCCACACAACGCCAGGAGGAGACAACAACAAAAUGGCUCAAGGUGGACUCGCCUCCUCACAAGGCGCUGAAAGCAGUUGUCUUUGAGAAGGCACUGCUAAGAGACAUGGGCCAGAUGACGAAGUACAAGCACACCGGUCAGCUGGAGGUGUACCACAAUGUGGUGUUGAAAUAUGCACCAAAGAGGCUGCAGUACCCCUACCCUGGAAUGAGGGCACGUCUGCAGCUCUCAGUCAUUGACCACAAUGAAAACAUUGGAAGGACACAGGCGAAGACCUCACGAGGAGACCUGAGGCAUAGGCUGGACUAUAGCAAACGACAGAAACGGUUUGCUAUCAAGACUGUCUAUGAGAGAAAGGACUACACUUUCCGCCAGAAGCUGAUGGAGGCAGUGCUGCAAAGGCGACAGGACGGGGAAGUGAGGCCAAUGCGUCGACGGCUUGACCUGCCAGCGAACAUCGCCCCUGUACCACGACCAGACAAGGCAGAGGCUUUGGCACUACAUAGGUCACGGUUUGCAGAUAGGGAACGACACACUUAGAAGACAAUGUACGACUCUGAAACAAAUGAGUGGAAAUCGGUACAUUUGUAUUGGAUGCACAGUUCUUAUACUAUAUAGCAAGUCUUACACAAUGUACGACUCUGAAACAAAGGAGUGGAAAUCGGUACAUUUGUAUUGGAUGCACAGUUCUUAUACUAUAUAGCAAGACAGUAAAACAUGGUAAUUAUUUCAAGUUGAAAAGUAAAACUAUAGUUGUAUGUUCUGGUUCAUUGUUAUGUCAGAUUCUAA